AUGUCUCGUUUGGUGCACGUGCUGCAAGCUGGCAGGCUUAAUUACACUCGAGCUCUCCAACUCCAAAAAUCUGUAGCGAACUUGGUGCAACAACAGUCCAGUAACUCCCCGGACGAACAGCGAUAUCAAAACGUGCUAAUACUUACCGAGCACGAACCCGUUUAUACGAUUGGUAUACGAACUCAAGGAUACGAUGAUGUUGAGGCAAACCGGCUCCGGAAACUUGGCGCCGAAUUUGUGCGGACGAAUCGAGGCGGUUUAAUAACGUUCCACGGACCGGGUCAGUUGGUUGCUUAUCCAAUCCUCAACUUAAAGUUAUUCCAGCCGAGCGUGCGCUGGUACGUAUGUCACCUGGAGCGAACAAUCAUCCAACUGUGUCGGCGGUAUGGAUUGCGAGCACAAACGACUUCUGAUACUGGAGUAUGGGUUGGUGACAAAAAAAUAUGUGCCAUCGGCAUUCACGCUAGCCGAUAUGUGACCACGCAUGGACUGGCUCUCAACUGCUGCAAUGAUCUUAGCUGGUUCCGUCAUAUUGUACCAUGUGGACUGGUGGGCAAAUCCGUCACGUCUCUUGCUCAAGAGCUUAAUCGACCAGAACUGGACUUGAGUGAGGUUACAUCUGAAUUUCUAGCCUGCUUUAAGGAUACGCUCGAAUGUGAUUUAUGUCCAUUGGAUGGUGCGAGGCAACAGAUGCUUUUAGAAAAUUAG